UUCGUGGGAACGUCACACUGAGUUGAAUGGAAUUUCGUUGCAUAGCGACCAAGCAAACACUGUUUCUGUGGACAGCAAUGCCGCGGGGAUUCGGCUGUAAAGCAGAGCACGGGAGGCUGACUCUAGCAGCUGUAGCACUACAGGAGCAUAUCACACAAAGCGUUCUUGUUCGAAACAUUCCUCGUAACCUCCCCGUAUCAGACGCUUCCUGUGGGGCUGCACAUGUUAGUAGAAAGCACAGAAAUCACAGCUCAAGGCAGAGCGUCACAUGUCCUGAGCAGACACAAGGACAAGAGGAGAGAGAGUAUGUGCUGGAUCGUGGCCCUCCACCUCUGACUCUUGCCCAGAGGAUGGGUCUGGUGGCAGCUCCUUCAAGAAGACUAACUGCAGAGGAGUGGGCAGAGGUCAAAACCAGGUCCAUCCAGGAGGGAGACUCAACCGAGCCCUGUGUGAUCUGCAGGGAGGAGUUUCGUCUGAAACCACAGGUUCUACUCUCCUGUUCUCAUGUAUUUCACAAAGUGUGUCUGAAGUCUUUUGAGAAGUUCUCAGGCAGGAAGAGCUGCCCGAUGUGCAGGACGGAGCAGUAUGAGACCAGGGUGAUUUACGAUGGUGCUCGUCUCUAUCGGGAAAAGUGUGCUGUCAGAAUACAGGCUUUCUGGCGUGGCUACGUUGUUCGCAAAUGGUACUGCAACAUAAAGAAGUAUGUGCCACCGAAAGACCAACAAUUAAGACGAGUAUUCUUUGAAAAAAAGUUUCAGGAGAUGAACGACAGCUUGGUGCAGUCAUGCAGCACAGAUGUGGAAGCCUUCCUGAGCGAUAUCGAUCGCUCCGUGGCCUCGAGCCACGACAUCCUGCGCCGCUUCGACAAGUACACGAGUGUUUCUGAAAUGGAGGAGAAGGACUGGCUAGAAGCUCAAGAGAAGGCUGUCCAGCGUGGUGAUCAGGACUGCCCCAUUUGCCUGAACCGCUUGGGCUCACAUAAUGGCUCAUCGAAGGAAGACCGGAAUGUCCUGUUAUUGUCCUGUUCCCAUCUCUUCCAUGAACCCUGUCUGCAAGCCUUUGAGCUUUUCUGCCAUGAGGUGAAACCCACAUGCCCUCUCUGCCGGUCACACUAUGCUAAAAUGCUUGUUUCAAAUUACAGAGAUCAGUAUAUUUAUUAGUUUGUCUUGAUGUUCUAGUUUAUAUAACAAGACAAAUUAAACUUCUCCCACAUCCCCAUUCUACAUCAUCAAACAGUACGAUAAAAAUUGUCAAAAGUCACAAACUUUAUUGUAAACUGAAGUGAAAUACAAAAGUAAACUAAAGACAAUCUGAACAUUUUGCUUCACAAACCUAUGCAAUCCAACUCUACAAAUACAAGAGAAAACAUUCUGAAAAUACAUUCACACGUAAAAGAAGCAACAGGCAAAAAUGGAAACAGAAUUAAGCUUUCCCUUGGGAUCUGAAGAUGAGAAUUCAAAUGAGACCGACAGACAUUUAGCCUAUGAUGAACAAGCUGUUUUGAUGUGUAGACCGGACACUUUCUAGUGAAACGCUGUCAACAGUUCAACAGACUAAUAAACUGAAAUACCACAGCAUCUUUGAUGUACUACAUUUUUUGUAACUCUUGUACCAAUGUUGUACAGACAAGCACAUUAUAGAAUAUGGAAUGAAUCGGUUUCUUUUUCUUUCAGUUAUUUCUAGUAUAUCCCUGCAAAUGCCACUAUUUUGAGAAACCCAACACACUAACUGACACACCAGUCCUUGUCCUGCAUAAAGCAACAGCAACAUUCCUCAAACACCAAUUAAAUUAAAGCCAAAGAGUAGAAUUUAGUGUUAUAUACUAUAGUUAAUAAUGUAUUAUAUAGUUAAUAAUAAUAUAAGAUGCUCUGGCAUUACAAAAUUUGUGCAGACAAAAGUGACCUUAAAGUUUAAUACACAAACGCACAAAAACAUUAUAAAGCUUACUUCAAUGACACAAUUAUUGACAUUAUACAUUUAUUCCCCAGAUAUUUUCUUACAAAAUGUUCUGUGCAAAUCAACAGGAAGAAAAUAUAUUUUACAUGUAACUUUUUUAAAUCCAUGACAAUAAAAACCACAAAACAAUGCAGCAAACUGAACCACAGAACCCACUGAGGUGUCAGUUUUUAAAUGACCUUUUCACAGGCUUUAAAUUCAGUGUCCCUCAUGUGAAUCCUAGCCCUCUGCAGACACAAAAUUCAAUCACUUUCUUAAAAUGAUUUCUGCCCAAACUUUUAAUAUUCAAUAUCAGUGCCCUGAUAGUUUCUUUUGACUUUGGCCAGUUCGAGUUAAAAGAUACGCCCUGUUGUUUUGGUAUGCCAUGUUAUUGACAAUCACAAGAGGGAUUCACAGUGAAUUAGUCAAU